AUGGCGCCAACCUUCGAACUAGUUGUUUGCAUCACAUCUUCAGCACUAUUCGAUUGUACCGAGUCAGGUGAAAUUUGGAAUCGUGAUGGACCCGAAGCAUAUGAAGAAUAUCACCGUGCUAAUCUUAUGGUGCCUCUUGAACCGGGUGUUGGUUUUCCUCUUGUUCGAUCACUAUUAGCAUUGAAUGAAGUCGCUAAAAAACAGCUGGUCGAAGUUGUACUCGUUUCUCGUAAAGAUGGUUAUUCGGGAGAACGAGUACGGCAAUCUAUCUAUCAUUAUAACCUAUCCAUUACACGUAUGUCAUUUACUGGUGGUACAGAUGUCACAAAAUACUUAUCAGCUUGGAAAUGUGAUCUUUUUCUCACGGCAGAUGAAAAUCAAGUGCGUACAGUACUGUGUGAUACUUGUUGUGAAACAUUUACAGGCAUUGCAGCUGCGCUAGUAUGCAAUAUAGUAAGCACAACACUACCGAUCCCUUCCAAUCUAACACCAAUACUUGAAUCUCCUUAUGUUCAACAAUCGAAUUCGAAUACUGACGUGGUUGAAUUGUCGCCUGCAGUAAAUACAUCAACCGAUUCCGUUUCAUCUGCUUUGUUAGCUUCUCUAUCAUGGCCAGAAGGUCAAGUUCGUAUUGCUUUCGAUGGAGAUGGCGUUCUUUUUUCAGAUCAAGCAGAAUGUGUCUUCAAAACAGAUGGACUCGAAGGAUUUUUCGAGUUCGAACGUCAACAUGGACAUAUUGCUUUACCAAAGGGUCCCAUGCAAUCAUUUGCUCUCAAACUACAAAAACUUCGUCAAUCCUUAGGAGAUGAUCAAAACUGGAGAGUACGUACAUUUUUGGUUACUGCUCGCAAUGACGUAGCUAAUAUACGAGUAUUUCACACUCUCAACGAAUGGGGUCUCAAAAUAGAUGAGAUACAUUUCUUGGGUGGAUUGGAUAAAACACCAUUCUUGCAAUCAAUUAAUCCAGCUAUUUUUUUUGAUGACUCAAGAGAAACUAUUGAUCGAGCUAAAAUUUAUGUUCCAUCAGCACAAGUUAUCUAUGGUAUUAACAAUAGGCGUAAUAGCAUUCUAAGAAGAUCAAUAUCUACUGAAACUAAACACUUGGAACAAAUAAAUUUCAAAUAA